AAAAUUUACGCCUACCGAGAUAUCCCCAUCUGCAACCUUUCGCUGUACACAUUCUUCUCAUACACGUCAACCGCUCGUAAUCAUCAUGAAACCUGCACAAAAACUCACAAGUGCACGCUCGUACUCCCCAGAGAAGGCGCUCGACGACCUCCCAGCGAUCAAACAUGCUGAAUAUUUAUUCCUUAACUCUAAUAUGGUUGAGUCGGAGCGGUAUUGUAUUGAAUUGGAUCCACGGAGGGAAAGAUUGUACAUUACGUCUGGAUACUGUUUGAUUCAAUGUCUGAAGGCGUUAAUGUCCUACGAGGACGAGGAUUUACAAGAAGCCAGUAAACAAGUCAAGCACGGGAAUAGCCUGGCGUACCAACAUCGUGCACCUGCACCUCCGCUUGUUUCGCGAAUAGUGGGACUUGUGUGGGAGACGUCUGUUACAGGUGUUUCUGCUAUUAGGAAUAUGACUCCCGUACAGAGACAUGCGGAGCUGUUGUAUGCGGAAACGUUGUUUGCAAAGGCUCUGCUUGGUGUCGUCUGCUCCGGGAGUUGGUUGAGCUUCUUAACUGAAGCGCUAAACUUCAGAACCAUGAUCAACAUCUACCUACAACUCGGAAAGUACCUAGAAAGCGCCGACGCCGAAGCUCGCGCGCGGGGAGACGGACCGGAGGAUAAAUCAAUAGACAAAGACUUCCGUUCGGGGGUUGAGCUCGGUGUCGGAGCUUCGAACCUCAUACUCAGUUUGAUGCCUGAGAGACUUCUUGCUGUCGCAGAGAUAUUCGGAUAUAAAGGAAAUCGAGAGGUGGGGUUGAAGUUACUUAUGAAGACUGGCGGAUGGGUGAAGGGGGAGAAGGAACCGCGAGUUAGUAGCGAAGAAGAGGGGAUAAGAAGACCGCUCGUGGAUAUAUGCCUUCUAUGUUUCCACCUGGUCGUGUCCAGCGUGACGUACCGCGGAGUUGACCUCGAGAUGGCACAGACCAUCCUCGACUGGAACUUGAAGCGAUUUCCAAAUGGUGUAUUCUUUCUCUUCGCACAAGGCCGCCUCGCAAUCCUCCGCUCCCAACCUUCUGUCGCGCUCUCAUCUCACAACCGUGCGCUUUCCGUACAAGCCCAAUAUCACAGCUUGCAUUAUGUCUCGUUCUGGGAGCUCGCAAUGGCUUAUAUGAGUCUUUGGGACGUACCUGCUGCACUAAUACAAUGGCGCGCGUUGGAGAAAGAAGCGACGUGGAGUAAGGCAUGUUAUAUAUAUGGUGUAGCGUCGUGUCUUUUGCAGAUGGGUGUUGAUGGAGAGGAAGGGAGGGAGAGGAAGAGGGAAGCUGGGGUGUUGUUGGAGAGGAUUCCGGGAGUCGUACAUAAGAUAGCUGGAAAGUCAAUCCCAAUCGAGAAAUUCGUCGCCCGGAAGGCACGCAAGUUCAAAUCCCAAGGAAACAGGCUACUCCUCCCCGCUCUUGAGCUUGCAUACAUGUUCUUGGCGAUUGACCAUGCACCACGAGAUGUCCUUUUAGAAAGGAUGAUCCCUGACGUAGACAAAGCCAUUGAAGGAAUAUCGAAGUUCGAGCGAAAGGAGAGCUUAUAUCUCGGGAAUGGGUUGGGCUAUUGGGAUGACUUUUGCCUUGCCCAUUUAUUAAGGGGUGUAUGCUGGCGAUUUUACGCUUAUCCUGAUAAGGACGCUGUCAUUUCCUCAGACGAUGAGAUCACUCCCUCUGCACGGAAGGAAGCAGAGAACAAAGCGUUAAGCUCGCUGAAAUGGGUCAUCGAGAAUGGAUCGAAGAUCCAUCUUGAUCAUUAUAUACUCUACAAUGCUCAUUACGAACUCGGGCGACUCUUCCUUUGUAUGAAAGAUUUCGAGCAAGCGCGGUAUCAUCUUGAACUCGUUUUAUCUGGCAAGCCAUUAGAAACAGACCCGACGACUAGAAAAGGAAAGUAUAGUAUGCAGAGCACAUUGAUUUUGCGGACGACAGCUGUUUUAGAGGCGUUGGAUCACCAAAGUAAGUUGGAUGUGCGGAGUUGAUAGCGGGAUCUACGUGUAGGGAUGUAUAAUGUAUGAAUAAUUGACAUAUUUAUGUGGAGUUAUUCAGUUGCAUUCAAAUUG